CCAUUGUUAGGGCGGAGACAUGAGCGUCUCGUCAUUAUAUAACACAUAUCUGCUUAUGAGCAUGGGAAAUCUCUUGAAUCAUACAUACCCUUACCUCGGUGUGACUGGAGCAUUUUCCUCCGAAUUAACGGCAACGUUUUGCUUCAAUCUCUUAACGUUUAAAAGUGUUGAAUUACAACUAUUUGCAACUAAAUGAAGCGGUAUGUUUUUCUGGGUGUUCUUUCGAUAUAUUACCUCCAGGUGUCAAGCUCGAGCUCUGCCGCGCACGGGUGUUUCUGCCAGGUGACCGGUAGCUUGGAUGACUGCGCUUGUGAUGUGGAGACAAUUGAUGCCUUCAACAAUGAGCGACUCUUUCCCAAACUUCAGAAGCUGCUUGAGUCUGACUAUUUCAGGUUUUAUAAGGUGAACCUGAAUAAGCCAUGUCCAUUCUGGACAGACAAUGGCCUCUGUGGGCAAAAGAACUGUGCCGUGAUCCCAUGUCCACCAAAUGAGGUUCCAGAGGGAAUCAAAACAAAUGGCCAUCACAAUAAGUACUCGGCUGACGCAAACAACCAGGAGUGUGAGAAGGCUGAGACGCUUGGAGCAGUGGACAGCUCCCUCAGUAAGGAGACCAGACAGGCCCUCCUGGAAUGGAACAAGCAUGAUGACGAGGCAGAGCGAUUCUGUGUGAUUGAUGAUGAGGAGUCUCCUGAUUCCCAGUACGUGGAUCUACUGCUAAAUCCGGAGCGCUUCACUGGAUACAAGGGGCCCGAGGCCUGGCAAAUCUGGAACAGCAUCUAUGAGGAGAACUGCUUCAAACCAUACACUGUGAAGCGACCUCUAAAUCCUAUGGCAUCUUACAGUGGAACUGAUGGGAAGACAUUUUACAGUUGGCUGGAUGGCCAGUGUGUGGAAAAGAGGGCUUUCUUUAGGCUCGUCUCUGGGCUCCACUCUAGCAUCAACAUACACCUGAGUGCCCGGUACCUCCUAGAUGACAACUGGUUCCAGAAGAAGUGGGGUCACAAUGUCUCUGAGUUCCAACAACGUUUCGAUGCCCAGCUGACCAACGGCGAGGGCCCAAAGAGGCUGCGCAACCUCUACUUCCUCUACCUGAUCGAGCUGCGUGCCCUGGCCAAAGUCCUGCCUCUUCUCCAGCGCCCCUCCUUCCAGCUGUACACUGGCCAACCCACCCAGGACCGACAACACAAACGCGUGCUCCUAGAGCUCCUCCAGGUGGCCAAGUCUUUCCCUUUGCACUUUGACGAGACGUCUCUGUUUGCUGGGAAUAAGGAGGAAGCUGCCAAUCUUAAGGAGGAUUUCAGGCUGACCUUCCGCAACAUCUCCAGGAUCAUGGACUGUGUGGGCUGCUUUAAGUGCAGGCUCUGGGGCAAACUACAGACUCAGGGGUUAGGCACAGCCCUGAAGAUUUUGUUUUCCGAGCGACAGAUCGAGGCUCUGCCCAAAUCCAGCAGCACCCGGCUCACUUUCCAGCUCAGUCGCCAAGAGAUAGUGUCUCUCCUCAAUGCCUUUGGAAGGAUUUCAACCAGCAUCAGAGAGUUGGAGAACUUCCGAUCACUGCUGUCUAAGGUCCGGUAGCCUGAACCCACACGUCCCUACAGAGAGCCACAUACCUACAAAAGAAUAACCAGGCUGAUUUAGAAAUGAUUCAAAAUACAACAGCAUCAGCAUGUAGCUGGGGUAUUUGGGGCUGCUGAAAGACACAAGUGAAAGUCCUGACAAGUGUCUUCUAAGGGAUCUAACUAAACAAACAAAGGAACAUGGGCCGUAGCCAAUCCCCUUUGAGCCACUUGCCAAUAAGGGUGUUUUCACACAGUUUUGAUCUACAGUUCGAAUCAGAGUUUGAGUAUUUGUUACAUCAAAUAACACAGUUUAAUUGCAGAAUGUUGUGUUGGACUGCAACUUCUGGUAUUCUUCAGUUCACGAAAAGAAAUAGCUAGCCAGCUACUAAACCCUGCUGCCCAAAGCUAACGCUAUAAGCAACCAGCUAGCUUCAUGAUGCUCGACCAGACCAGGUUGUGUUGUGAAGCUAGCCACAAUAACGAUUAGGCACAAUAGUGGAAUUUGCGGUUUGCCUUUUUGAAAGUGAUGCAGAAGGUUACAAUUGGUGGAAUCCUGCCUUAUUUAGACUAGAUAAUGUCAAACAAGGUUGGAAUGUGAAGCAAUGAAAUGGGUUACCAGUCUACUUGGCGACACCCACAGAACAUAACUGUGAAGAGUUUACACAAAUAUUAGCGUUGUAGCUCUUAUCGCAGGACUGUGACUGAAAUCACCUCCCCAGUCAGCCUAUUGUGUGUAUUGACAUUCAUAGACUGAUACUCCAUGUCAUUGAUCCACAGUCCAUAGGUAAGCCUAGUGGUUACAGUGUUGGGCCAGUAACCGAAUCCCUAAACUGCAAAGGUAAAAAAUAUGUUGUUCUGCCCCUGAACAAGGCAGUUAACCCACUGUUCCUAGGCCAUCCUGACUUGCCGAGUUAAAUAAAGGUUAUAUAUAUCUUUUUUAUGCUGUACAGUGAAAUAAGUAUGCCCCUAAUGCAAUUCUAAAGUCUAACACAUCCAGUGUGAAUUAAACGGUUUAUUGUCUUUUGUUUAUUUUAUAUAACAUUUCAACCUCGUUUAGCGUGAUCUAUUCAAUUAUGUCAUAAUUCUACUGUUUGUAUUCAUUUGCAUCACUGUCAAUUACACUUUUAUUUUGAAGGCUAACCGCAAAGACCACUAUUGUGGCUAGCUUCACAUAGAUGGGUCUGACCACAGUUAAUCAAAUAAGAACGGUUUUAUAAAUUAGGGUUAUUUUAGAUGACCCCAAGCUAGCUAGCUAACUCUAGCUACUGAAAUAGAUUGUCGUUUUUCCAUGUCUUUGGGGAAGAACAUUGUUUGCAUCCAUGAGCUAGCUAGCUUUUUUAUGACCAGCACUGUAGGUGCGCGAGACAACUUUACCAGCAUCAUAGCAUAAGUAUCGAUGAAUCAUUGUGACAUGAGUGAUAGUGUAAUAACUACGUACAAAAAUCAUGAACGCGUUAAAUGUACGUGACGUGCAGUUAUAUUCAGGUCCUGAUUGGUCAACAAGCUUAUUUGACACCUCAAAUAGUAUUAUUUGACGUGUAUCUUUUUAUGACACGCAAAGACCCAAACGGUGUUCCAUAGUAUAGCCCGCUCCACUAAUCUGCAUCGGAUGCGCUCAUAAAUGCGCUGCUACUCAGAGAAUGUUUCAGAAAUACAAAGUUAUGAUGCUGCGUGGAUUUCAUCAAAUGGUCGCAGUCAAACAACCAUUAAUACUGCGCGACUCUGGUUAGUUUCCUGUGUUUGGUCUGGACUGCGUUCUCGCCUGCAGCGAACCGCACCACGGUACAAAUUGAAUUGGGAAAAACCGCUCCAAAACAAUUGGGUGUGAAAGCCCCCUUAGAUACUGUAUUAGGUAUAAAAAAAAACGUUGCACCGUUUUGCUUCCAGUACUUUUUCACAAUGGGUUUAUUGGUGAGUGGUUGACUACGUUAUCCUCAAACAUUUUUGCACACUACAUAUGUGAAACGCGUUGACAAUUGAUAUGUGUACACUCCUCAGGGCUUUUCUAUGUAAGGCAACUGAAUGUAAUGGGAUGUUUUCUAUGAGUGAAAAAAUAAACAUUGGUGUGUCCUACAUAAUCUA